ACCUUCGAUUUCUUCAUCUGUUGAGUAAACCACAAGGGUUUGUCUCAAAUGUUGCCCAGAUUAGCUCGAGUCGUCACUCAAACCUCAAAGCUUCGAUCUUUGACCACAAAUGGAUCGAUGAAAAAUCUCUCCUUUUUCUCCCGAUAUGGGUACGCGACUGUUGCGCCGGCGGCGGCUGAUCCUCCGCCGCAGAAGGAUUUCCCCAGUAAAUCUCCGAUAAACUUGGAUAAGAUGUUUUGGUCAAAGCCAUGUUCAUUGGCUCUGCCUAAAGACUCUCCUCUCAGAAUUGAUGAACCAGACUAUGUAGGGAUUCGUCGUUUUAUACUAAAGCUGAUGAUGUUCUAUAGCAAACAGAGCAUGUCUAUCCGUGGGGCAAACGUGAUCUACAAGCGGAUCAUUGCACAAGUUGACAAACCAGCAAUCUAUGAUGUUUUCAACUUGGAGAAAACAUUCAAAAUAACGUUUUCGCUGCUUGUCCUUCAUAUGUGGCUUGUUUUACGCCGCUUGAAGGAAGAUGGACAGGAAGGUGUUGACCUUGGUCAGUAUGUCUAUGAGAUCUACAAUCAUGAUGUGGAACUCAGGGUAUCUAAAGCCGGGGUUAACUUGCUGCUAGCCAAGUGGAUGAAGGAGUUGGAGAGAAUAUUUUAUGGAAAUGUUGUUGCCUAUGAUGCUGCGCUACUUCCAGAAGCUAAACCAAAUGAACUACAAAUCAAAUUAUGGAGGAACGUAUUUUCUGAUGAUGGAACAACAACACCAGAUAACACAGAUUUAAAAGCAGCACAGGCAAUGGCAAGAUAUGUCCGGAGAGAACUUGGUUCUCUUUCUUUAACAGAUAAAGAGUCCAUAUUCUCCGGCAAUUUCUCCUUCACCCCUUUGGAGAACAUGCCCCUGUGACUUAAAUGAAAUUAGAAGAAGUGGUGGCGCUUUGCGAAUCAAUCUUUCAUUUGUUUCUCUGUUUCUUUCGAUUUUCUUAUAUCCAACCAAAGAAACCUACACAAGAGAAUAUGCUGGUUGUUAGCAUCCAGAUGAUCACGAAAACAUUGUGAAAGUUAAUAAGAUUACUGAAAUAGAGCAUUUAGUGUCAU